UAAUGUUAUCAUAUUUUUUGACAUAUGUUUUUGUUUCUCCACUUCGGAUGUAAUUUUCUCAAUUUCUUCCCAAGGGUCGUAAUUUCCAAAAGCUUGAGCAAUAUGACACGACGAAAAUGUUACCUUUUGCACCUCAUCGACGGCAAGAAAAUUCACCUGCCUCACGAGAAACUAGUUACCUUAGGCCGGCAAGUCGACACAAAAAUAGAGGACAUUUUUGUAUCGAGGAACCAAAUCGAGUGUAUAGCUGACGUUAAGAAUUGCGUAGUGAAGGUAAAACCCAUUGGAAAAUCAAUCGCAGGAGUUGAUGGCUAUGCCAUAGUGAAAGACAAAACGUACACUUUGGGCCCCGGACACAUUAUAGAGCUUCGACUGGGAUUCCAUCCAUUUGAAAUAGUAUUCGAAACGGUUGAAUUGGCUAGUAAUUAUCCGGUCGAAUCAAAAAAGCAGAAAAUAGAAGAUAACGUUGCUAAAACUGAAAGCUGCUUAUUUAGCGAUAAUGGUAAAUGGGAAGAAAUAGAAAAAGAAUUGUUAAUCUACACUCCUGAUAACAUCCAAAAUCGCAGUAAAAUUGCCGCGUUCGAUAUCGAUGGUACUAUUAUAAAAACAAAGUCAGGAAGGAGAUUUCCAACUAACUUCGAUGACUGGAUCCUAAAUUACAACGAUAUACCUCAAACGUUACGAAAACUUCAUCAGGACAAUUACAAAAUAGCUUUUUUCACGAACCAAUUAGGAGUAGGAAAAGAUGUAGCGAAAAUUAAGGAGUACAAAAGAAAAAUACAGAAUGUUAUGAAGAAAUUGGGUCUGCCAGUUCAAAUUUUCGCGGCCUUAGGAAGAACCAAAUAUAGAAAACCAAUCACAGGGAUGUGGGAGACUUUAAAAAACGAUAAAAACGGUGAUGUUGCUAUCGAUUUAAAAGGCUCUUUUUACGUAGGAGAUGCCGCAGGAAGAGAAAAAAAUUGGGCUCCUAAAAGGCCUAAAGAUCAUUCAAUGGCCGACAGGCUAUUCGCCCUUAACGUAGGUCUAAAAUUUUUCACGCCUGAAGAGUAUUUCUUGAAACAAUCACCGGUACCUUUUUCUAUGCCCGAGUUCGAUCCUAGAAAAUUCUCUUAUUCGGAAAUUCCAGAUUUCAGCUACGCCUCGCCUAAUGUCAUCAUAAUGGUAGGAGGACCAGGUUCGGGAAAAAGUCAUUUCUGCAAGUCGUUUCUUCUACCCAAAGAUUAUGUUCACAUUAACAGAGACACCUUAGGCAGCUGGCAGAAAUGUGUGAAGGCAUUAGAGGAAAACUUGCAAGACAAUAAAAACUGCGUCAUAGACAAUACUAAUUGCGACAAAGAGUCGAGGAAAAGGUACGUUGAUGUGGCUAAAAAAUAUCAAAUUCCAUGUAGAUGCUUCGUUAUGAGUACAUCUUUUCAACAUAGCAAGCACAAUAACAGAUUUAGAGAAUUAACGGAUAAAUCGCACAUACCGGUCAAUGAAAUCGUCAUCAACAGUUUGAGAAAGACUUAUCAAAAGCCCGAGCUCAUCGAAGGAUUUGAGGAAAUUGUAGAAAUUCCAUUUGUACCCUCCUUCAGCAAUGAAGAAAUGGAAGAGCUAUAUAAACAUUUUCUAUUGGAAAACUAAUCAUUCAAGCGCUAUCCUAAGAAUUCCAGAAUGAUAAUCUUUGAAUAAAAUUGAUCGAGAAAGAUUCAAGUAAUAUAAAAUGUAAAGAUCCAUUGUACUGUACUAUAAUAGCCAUUUAAUGUCGGAAAUAAAGAUUUUUUGUAUGGUU